AUGGUGACCGUAUUCACCUUCCCCCUAGGAUAUAGUUUUAAUCGGGGUGGUGAUCGAAGGCCGCCGACGGUGCCACCGAUGAUGGGCUGGGGUAAUGAGUGGGACACCGGGACAGUGGGUGAGGAAUGGCAGUGGCGUUACGGCGCGACUCUUUCUUUCUGCCUUGGCCGCCUGCUUCUUCAAUAUCAGGGAAGGCGACAAGCUGAGGCGGUUUUGAUGGGGAUGGAUCCGAACCCCAGGAAGCGAGAGAGCGGCGGCACCGCCGCGGACGAGGAACAGCGGACGCGGCGGCGCGGCGAGGAGGACCCCACGGACGAGGAGGUGGAGGAGUUCUUCGCCAUCCUGCGGCGGAUCCGGGAGGCGGCGAGGCACUUGGGGGCGAGGGCGGGAGCGGCGGAUCACGGAGUGGCCAGGCCCAAGGGGCGGGGCGAAGGGGGGCCGCCGAGGUGGCAGCCGGAGUUCGUGCCGGAGGACUUCGAGCAUCCGGGAGCGGCGGAGAGCAGCGGGGAUCGGAGGGAGAGAGCGGAGAAAGAUGAGGGCGCGGGGAAGUGGAGAACGAUGAGCCCCGGCGGCGAGCGGUGCUUCGAUCUGAACGAGGAGCCCGCAGAUACAUAAUAUGCGAGGAGUCGCAGGUAAGUUCGCUUUAUAAUAAUAAUAAUAAUAAUAAUAAUAAUGUUAACAUUUGCUACAAUUUGAUGUUUAAUUCGCACCGUAUAAAAAUUUGCAGUGGGUUAGUUGAUGCGUGUAUGCGCCUCUAAGAGUUUAUCAGUGUUUCAAUACUUGAUUCCUUCUAGAUAAGUUGCUAAAUCUGUUGAGCUUGGGUUUCAUUGAAAUGGCUUUACUUUUCUGUUUAAA